UGACACCAAACGCAGACUACAGUAUAAGAACAUUUACUGACUAAAGGGGAGUCAGCAGUGUCAGUGGCACAAAAGUGUCUAUAGAAUAGCCUAUCUGUAAAAUGACUUGUUUGGGUGCCGUGGUUUGAGUGUGUUAUAAGUGAUUAAUUGUCUGCUCUGGAGAAAAAAUACAGGUCAACUGGGACGUUGGAACGGUUGUUAAUGGGGCACUAUAGACUUGUGAUAUACUCCACCUCCCUAGGUGGCAGCAUAUUCAAGUAGAGUAUUAGCAGACAGUGCACCAAAUUUUUCAAACUCAUAUACCGGAAGUGAUCAUAUAGUAGGGAGUUGAAAGAUGGAGGCGGCCGUGUUCAUUCUAUCCCUCAUCGACUGCUGUGCUUUAAUUUUCCUUUCGGUCUACUUUAUUAUCACUCUUUCAGAUUUAGAAUGCGACUACAUCAAUGCACGAGCCUGUUGCUCGAAAUUGAAUAAAUGGGUCAUUCCGGAGGUGGUCGGCCAGGCCUUGGCGACAGUGCUCAUGUUGGUCUCCAUGCACUGGUUCAUUUUCCUCCUUAACCUGCCAGUGGCUGGCUGGAAUAUGUACAGGUUUCUGAAGGUGCCCAUGGGCAACAUGGGGGUGUUUGACCCCACAGAGAUUCACAAUCGCGGUCAGCUCAAGUCCCACAUGAAGGAGUCUAUGAUUAAGCUGGGCUUCCACCUGCUCUGCUUCUUCAUCUACCUGUACAGCAUGAUCCUGGCCCUGAUCAAUGACUGAGCUACGUAAUGACCUUCAACCCCAAUUUGCCAAAUCACAAACUCUCUUCCCUGCGCUGUAUUAAAUCAUUAUCUGACAUCCUGGCCAUCAGCACUCCAUCAGCUCUACUGUGGGGCAGACACUCCCUCCCUCCCUCCCUCCUCUUCUCUCUUCUGUCUAGUCUCCUCUCCUCCUUCUCCCCUCUUCUCUCUUCUGUUCUCAAAGAAUACGUGGAUCAACUUCAUAAGACAGGUGUUCUCCCUUAUGUGUGCGUGAGUGUGUGUGUAUGUGUGUGUGUGUGUGUGAGAGAGAUAGAAUGUGUGUGUGUGUGUGUGCGCGCGUCAUAUCCAUGUUGGUUUUACCUUUAGUCCACUAAGUUGUUCCCGAAAAGCUGCAACCUCACUCAACCCACAGCUUCUCAGGGCCGUGGCAAAAUGACAAUCGUGCUGACUACUCAUCGAUGCAUUUGAUUGGCCGACAUACCGCCUCCGAGCCAAUCAAAACAUUAAGACCACCCCUUUGCAGCUGCCAAUUUUGUCCAUUACAUUCUUGACUUUGUCAUCCAACUGCCCCCCCACACCCAACAAGCUGGAAAACUCUUUGGUUGUCAUUGCUGGAAUUUUUUUCUUUUGUUGUCAUUGUUUGUUUUGAUUGUUUUUGGUGACUUGAAAUGGGCAUGAGAUAUUAAACAAGCGACUCGCCAGCAGAGAUCAACAACUGGGAUUAUACUGUUUUGUGUUUUUUUUUUUUGUCUGUUUUUCAACAUUUGUCCUUUCAUUUGGCUUGAAAGCUAGUGUACCCACUGACCCACUAUUGUGCACUAUUGAGACAGUGUAUUGGACUAUACUUAUGGGCUGUGCUGGUCCAAAGCUAACUUUACCCUUUGACUGAGUCAUGCCUAUGUUGCCAUUCAGAUUGACUCCUCACCUAGUAUCCACUACAAGUUUCCUGUUUUGUUUAAGGUGUGAAGUGUUAUGUGUGUAUGUGUGUGUGUGUUUAAGUGGCCCAUCCGUGAUUAUUCCCUAAUUCUUCAGGCUUUUGUUCCAGAUGGCAGUGGUGCAGCGGUACGUGUUCAGCACUAAACCUUAAAGUCUUAAAGAUGUAUCUGCUAGUAGAGUCUUUGCGGGUUUCAUCAAAACCACAUUCUUGAGGGGUAGGCAGAAUGUGGUUUGGAAAUGUUGGUUUUGUUAUCAAUUUUGGCAACUCUUCAUACCAGAUUGGCACAAUCCAGUGUAAACAUGGAAACAUUUUCUGUUUGUUUGGAUCCAGGAACAGUAUUUUAAUCCGGGAGAGGUUUGCAUCCAUGUGUCUUUAUUGUGAGUUCACCCAGAUGAAAACUUGGGUACGGUUGUGCGAAUGUUGAAAAGUUUUUAUUUGUGCUUUUUUUUCUUUAAAAUAAAUCAAAUAAAAUAAUGAUCUUGAAGAAAA